GUAAUUGACAUCAGCUGUUUUUGCAUUUUCCCAUCUAUAUUGCCUUGAAUUAAUUUGAUAACUUUUUGUUACAAAUUGUAUAGAUAAAUUUUCGAAAUUUUUAUAUAAACUUUUUUGUGCUAUAGCUUUGUAAAGGAAAAAAGGAAAAUUAGGCUGAAAUAGUAACGGAAUAUUUGAACACGCUUUAAAAUGAACAUCCUAAAAGGUCUAACAAAAAUCAAAUCAAGCUUUGCGCGUUUUAUUGAGACGACAAACAACUUCAUGUGGGUGCAACGCAAUGAAAAGUUUGCUGAUAAACGUUUGGUUGUUGAGCAAUUAACGGACAGGGUUUUAGUGCGAGUGAAGGGAGAAGAGGUUGUGCCCUUCUUGCAAGGACUUAUAACAAACGAUAUGACUCAUCUGCAGUCGGGCAGUACACCUCUUCCUAAAACUUCUGCAAUGUACACAAUGUUCCUUAACAAAGCCGGUAGAGUACUAUAUGACUCUAUAAUUUAUCGUACCCCUGAACCGAAUACUUACCUAAUUGAAUGUGAUAAAUUUAUAUCAAACGAAUUACGUCGACAUUUGCGCCUCUAUCGCGUAAGGCGAAAUAUUCAAAUUGAUGCAGUUGAUGGAGAGUACAGACCAUGGAUCGUUUUUAAUCCAGUUGGAAGCGUCGUUCGUAUGGACACAAGUGUUCAAGUGGGACAAGAGGUCAUUUCUACUCCAGAUCCUCGCAUACGUGACCUAGGUACACGUGUCAUAACAAAAACUGAUAAAACAUGGAAAGAUUUAGCAAACAUGUUUUCUAAAUCCGGUGAUAUUACGGUAGCAAAACCUACCAAUGACUGUAACUAUCGCAUGCAUCGUUAUCGUUAUGGCGUUGGAGAAGGGGUUCAAGAUCUUCCGCCAGGCAAAAGUUUUCCACUAGAAGCUAAUUGUGAUUAUAUGCAUGGUGUAAGCUUUCAUAAAGGAUGCUAUCUUGGCCAGGAAUUAACGGCACGGGUUCAUCACACAGGAGUAGUGCGAAAGCGUAUAAUGCCUUUGCGUUUAUCUGUUCCGGCUUCACCAAAAUCGAUAAAUAUCUCAACGGAAGCAGGCACCAAUGUUGGUGUAAUCCGCGCAGCAAAUUUAGAUAGGGCUUUAGGACUUUUGCGUGUAGAACAAGCUUUAGGUUCAACCAAAUUGUUUGUGGAUGGCAAUAUAUGCUACGUAGAAAAACCGUAUUGGUGGCCAUCUGAACUGCCAAAAAAAGCUCGAGUUGAAGGCUGCUAGAUUUGAAAUUUUCUAAACUCUAAACUUGUAUUUUUACUUAUUGUUAACUAGUGGAUAGUAGUCGUUGGUGAUUUUUAUGUAAUAUCGAGUUUAUCUAUUAUGCUAUGAUGUUUAAAACCUCAAAUUAAUGACGGCGCUAUGGAAGAUUCUAAAAUCUCGGAGAGAUCCCCAUGCAACUUAAAUAGUUACGAUGAUUUACAGUUAAAUGUGAAAGACGAUGAGGCAGAAAUUUCACGUUUGGAAGCAGCUGAAAAUGUUACAAAAAGUUCAGAAAAAUGUGAACAAAGCGACGAACGCGUCCCUAAAAUUAAAUUUCAAUGUUCUAUGUGCAAUAUGUUGGAAAUGGUUGAUUAUUAUGGCAAAACUCCGGCCUUUGUGUAUGGAAUUAAGCUUUUGGAGGAUUCUUUUGUGCUACGUGAUCCUUUUCAACCACCUCCAAUUCGUUGGAAACCCAAAGCAGAGUACUUUGUAAUAAUAGGUGCCAAGUGUACAGUAUGCGAAAAUGUCGUUUGCAAAGGAGCGGAAUGUAGUUUUUACUAUACAUGUACUUAUUGUUUGGCUUGCGCAAAAAAAUAUACAAAUAAGUUUCCCAUAGAAUCACAAGCAAAAUUAAGGAAGCAAUUAGAAAUAAAAAUAAAAAAAUAGUAUUUAUAAAUUGUACUUUUUAAUAACUCUAAAUACAAAAAUGUUUGUAUUU